AUGCUAUCUGAUCCGGUGUUAUGGAUUUACGACAUAUCACCCGAAUCCAAAGAGGUGGAUGACUGGGUUCACAGCCCAGACGAGAAUAUCGACGAUACGGGCUCCAUCUUCACUACUCGUGGGGCAUCAGCAUUAGGAUGUAUUGCAAUCACCUUCAUCGCAAUCUUUGGAAUCUUCUUCUUCUGGCCAUUAGAGAUAGGAAUAAAAGAAAUAGCAACGCGGAGUAGUGCAAAGAAUGCAACGGAGGCGGUCCGAAUCGUGCACCGUUCCAAGUACCGAGACGAUGGAGGGGGCGACUAUGCACCUCUCGGUCCCCAAAGUCCCCUACCCCCUCCUCGACCCCCCGCCAAGGGCUUUAUUACCAAUCAGUUUGCGCUUUCGCCGGAUCCAAGGCAAUGGGGUUACAACACCUCACCAAAGCAGGCUGAACCCGACGACUGGUUGCACAUCCCAGACAAACAUCUUGAUGAUAAUGGAUCGAUAUUUAGCGCUCGGGGAAUAUCAUCGCUGGGAUGUAUCGGCCUUGUCUUUCUGAGUAUAGUUGGGGUAUUUUUCGUUUGGCCCCUACAGAAUGGCAUACGCAAGAUGCUCAAAGACAAGCACCUGCGUGGAUUCAACCUUGGUGGGAUCAACGCCACGGUACAAGUAUUUGAGAGUGCCUUUGCACUCAUUGACAAGGAUACGCCUGCAAAUGUACGCCGCAAGGCCUCGCCGGUUGACAACCGCGAAAUGGGGACGGACGACCUUGAGUGGUAUGACCCGCAACAAGCGUAUACAAAAGACGGCCAGCUCUGGAUCGAGAUGGCAGAGGUAGAGAAACCGGAGGAUAACCACAACCUCAAGUAUGUGAGCGCAAUGAUAACGACAUGGAACAAGCUUUGCUUUACCGGUGGAUUGAUUGAAGCGAGCGUUCAACUACCCGGUUCCCCCAAAGUCCAGGGAUUCUGGCCAGCAGUAUGGACGAUGGCCUGCGACCUCGGGACUCUCAAGAACCAGUCCGACGCGUCUAACCCACCACCUACAAUCCCCCUCUCCUUUCAACCAGGCCAACGCCUCUCAGCAUGCACCUGUCCAGGUGAGGCACAUCCUGGUCCUGUUUUCGCGGAUGGAAGAUAUGCUGGCAGAGGUGCACCAGAGAUUGAUAUUUUCGAGGCCAUCAUCGAUCCCAUCAUGAACGCGUCUGCAGUCUCGCAGUCUGCUCAAUUUGCCCUAUUCAAUGCCGGGUAUAUGUGGGAUCAUAGCAAGUAUGGACAUUACUAUGGAAGACUGGAUGAUGAUCAGUAUGUGAAUGCGUACCCGGGUGGAGUUUGGCAGCAGACUGCGAGCGUGGUCAGCAAGACGAACCCAGGGUGCUACGAGCUCGCGGAUGAAAGGUGUUUUGCUACGUACGGGUUCCAGUACAAACACGGAUACGCAGAGGAUGGAGCGCAUAUCACGUGGAUCAACGACGGCAAACUGGCGUGGUGCAUGGAUGCGCAGGGAUUCGGAGGGGAGACGACUGCAAACAUUGACAAACGAGGGAUUUCAAAGGAGCCGAUGUACAUUAUCAUCAACUUGGGUAUCAGCGAGGGAUUUUCCCAUGGGAUCCCAUUCGACGAGCUGACAUUUCCGGCGGAUAUGAAAGUGGAUUGGAUCCGUGUGUAUCAAUACGAGGACGAGAUGAACGUGACGUGUGACCCACCAAACUUUGCAACGAGCAACUAUAUCAAUGCCUUCCCCUGA